AUGAAUAAGAAAAGAUACUUUCUGGAGCCUCCAGAGGUCAAAGACUACCUGGUCAAAGGAGAAAGAUUUACCAAGUGGUCAGAGGACUCCACAAAGACUGUUCCUGUCAUCAUGAAGAUGGAUCCAAACGGUUUUUUUGUCUACUGGAUAAAUCAAAGCAAGGAGACAAUGUUCCUGGAUGUUGCUACCAUCAGAGAUACGCGAACAGGAAAAUAUGCAAAAAUCCCCAAACACCCCAAGGUUCGCAAUGUGUUCAACCUGGACUUCCCAGACAGCAACCAUCUCGCUAAAACCCUGACCAUUGUCUCGGGUCCUGACACGGUGAAUCUGAACUAUUAUAACUUCUUUGCCUCUAAAGAGAAAGUGACACAGAACUGGGCAAAUGACAUUCUUGCAAUUGCCUACAACGCUGCAAGGAACAAUGCAUGCAGACAAGUCUUCCUGGAGAAAAUAUACAUCUACAUUUCUCUUCAGACCAACAAGGACGGCAAGAUCCCAGUGAAAAAUAUUUACAAGAUGUUCCCUGCGGAUAAGAAGAGGGUGGAAAGUGCUUUAGCAUCAGCACAUCUUCCUAAAGGAAAGCAUGACACCAUGAAGGAUGAUGUGUUCACUGAGUCGGCCUUCAAGGCCUUCCUGACCAACCUCUGCCCUCGGCCAGAGAUCUACGAGAUCUUCACGGCUUACUCCACAAAACCCACCAUGACGAAGGAGAAUUUCAGCAAGUUCCUCAGUGAGAAACAGAGGGACUCCCGGCUCAACGAGGAGCUUUUUCCACGUCUGCGGCAGGACCAGGUCAAGGCUCUGAUUGACAAAUAUGAACCCUCCAUAACUAAUUCUAACAGAGGUCUUAUUUCUCCAGAAGGUCUUCUAUCCUUCCUGAUGGGGCCGGAGACAUCAGUUGUCAUGCAAGACAGGCUGGCUAAGUGUCAGGACAUGACCCAACCCAUACCCCACUACUUCAUCAAGUCCUCCCACAACACGUACCUGACAGCUGGUCAGUUCUCUGGUGUGUCCUCUCCGGAGAUGUACCGACAGUGUCUGCUGUCUGGCUGCCGCUGUCUGGAGCUUGACUGCUGGAAGGGCAAACCUCCAGAUGAGGAGCCCGUCAUUACCCACGGCUUCACUAUGACAACUGAGAUCCUCUUCAAGGAUGUGAUUGAGGCCAUAGCUGAGAGUGCCUUCAAGACCUCGCAGUACCCCGUUAUCCUCUCAUUUGAGAACCACGUGGACUCGGUGAGACAGCAGGAGAAGAUGGCCCAGUACUGCAAAACCAUAUUUGGUAAAGCCCUCCUAACAGAGCCGCUGGACAAAUACCCUCUGAAGCCGGGCCAGCAGAUCCCCAGCCCAUCUGAGCUCAUUGGCAAGAUCCUAAUCAAGAACAAGAAGGGCAGCAGUGAAAAACAGGCUCAGACUAAGAAAACCACCGCAGCACCCAUCGACCAGACCACAACCACAGCUGCGCCCACUCAAGUCACAAACAGCACUUCCAAGGAUCUUGCAAACCCAGCACGCAGCACCCAGGAGAACCAAGCAGAGGGCGACACGGCUGUGGAGGACAACGAGGAACUAGAAGAGACAGAGGAACAGGAUGAGGAGAAAAUGAAGACAUCAGAUGAGGGCACAGCUGGACAAGAAGUAACAGCGUACGAGGCGAUGUCAUCCCUGGUCAACUACAUCCAGCCCAACAAAUUCAGCUCUUUUGACAAUGCCAGAAAAAAAAACAAGAGUUACGUCAUCUCAUCUUUUGUGGAGACCAAAGGGGAGACGAUGAUUGCCAAGACCGCUGUUGAAUUUGUCGAAUAUAAUAAGAGGCAGAUGAGCAGGAUUUACCCCAAAGGAACAAGAAUGGACUCAUCCAAUUACAACCCACAGCCUUUUUGGAAUGUAGGCUGCCAGAUGGUGGCGCUCAACUACCAGACGAUGGAUUUCCCCAUGCAGCUGAACAUGGCUCUGUUUGAAUUCAACAGCAGAACGGGGUACCUACUCAAGCACGAUGUUCUGCGUCGCAGUGACAAGAAGUUUGACCCUUUCUGUGACAGGAUUGACACCGUUGUGGCAAGCACACUGACCAUAAAGAUCUAUUCGGGCCAGUUUCUUACUGACAAGAAUGUGAAAACUGGGGUGGAGGUGGAGGUGAUUGGGCUGCCGGGAGACCCCAAAAAGAAAUAUCGCACCAAGUGGUCCACCACACCCAACGCCUUUAACCCAGUGUGGAAUGAGGAGCCUUUUGUUUUUGAGAAGAUCCUGCUCCCAGAAAUGGCCUCUCUAAGAAUCGUAGUCCAUGAGGAGAACGGUAAAUUCUUGGGACACAGGAUCAUCCCAGUUGAUGCCAUCCAAUCAGGUUUCCAUCAUAUCUGCCUGCGCAGUGAGAGCAACAUGCCACUCACUCUGCCUGCUCUCUUUGUGUACAUCGAGGUCAAGGACUACAUCCCUGCUGCCUUUGCAGAUUUCACAGAUGCCUUAUUUAACCCAACAAAGGGCACAGAGAAGACCCCAAAGACCCCAAAAGAGUCAUCCUCCGACUAUAUUUCUCCCUAUGAGUUGCCUCUUGUGGUCCAAACCCCCAUGGACAAAAGUAAGGAAAGUGAAACCCCCGUCAUAGCAAAGGCUGAAUCUGAACCUAAACCACCUGUUGAUGCCAAUGACCAAUCAGCCCAGUUUCCACCAGAAACACAUGCAGAAGAAGCUAAAGAAAAGGCAGAGACCACAGCAAAUAGGCCACAACCUGCAGCAGAGCCUCCUCCAACUCCUGAUACUGCCGCUGCUGAAGACCCCGCACCAGAUGCAGGAACAUCUGAAACCCUUCCCGAAGCCACUCCUUCCCCCAAGGAGGCUGCCCCUGAGAGAGAGACGGCUCCAGAGCCAGAGGGCUUUCCUGAAACCAAAGAUGAACCGGUGAAUGGCUCCAGGACUAACCCUGAGCCUGCUUCAGGCGAUAAAGCAGGCACAGAGGAGGCUCCAGCAGAGUCUGCUCCCGUGGUCGUGCCCUGCCCAUCCGAAUCAAAUGACUCAUCCGAGCCCCCGACAUGCAGCGAAGAGCCUUCCUCUGUGACUAUUGAAGAACUGACACAGCACAAGAACUAUCUGAAGGUCAUCAAGCGUCAGGAGAGAGAGAUGAGAGAAGCAAAAAAGAAGUAUCAGAAAAAAGGAGAGGAUCUGAUUCAAAAAUACUCUGACUCUUUCAAGGCCAUCAAGAAGAAGACCUCGGUGAAGAAAAAAGAGGGAGAGGGAAGCACCUCUGACUCCAGUGUGAAGAUGGAGCGGGCGCAGGAGCAGAGGGAAAAAAUGCAGGUGGAGCUGCAAGCUCUGUGGUCGGAGCAGUGUGAUCAGCUGAGGAAGAGAAAAGAGCAGUUUGCUACAGAGAGACUGGCCAAACUUUUGGAGAUGGCCACAGAGAGACACACCAGUGAAGUGAAGACCCUGGAGAGUGAAACCGAAGAAAACAAGAAGAAAAAACUCUCAAAAUGUUCAUCCUCAAAGAAAGCAAAGCUGAAAAAGGCAAUGAGCAAAGAGCUGUUGGAUGAGACUAGUCAGUCCGAUGGUGCAUCUUCAGAUCACAGCCCACAGCAAGAGGCUCUGAUGAUGAAACAGGCUGCUACACUGGAAGAAAUCAAGACUCUGAAUAAUCAGCUCAAUCGGGAGGCCCUGAAGGAGCACGAGCAGAAAUUGAGGUCCCUGCCAGCCGAGGUGAAGAACGCUGUUAAUGUCUGUGUGGGUGCCCACUUUCCCGAACUGGUCGACCAGGCUGGAGACAAGAAGGUGGUGGGAGUCGGCCUCUAUGGAGAUGUCUUCCUUGGCUAAACUUGCCUUUGAUCCCUGACCUCUCAGUGUAAUCUUGUGCUAACUAUUUAAAAACGUUUUCUCUCUUACAUUUUUUUUUCAAGCUGUUACAAAACCUACAGUCUGAGUAUGAAUUAGCUGCUUAUUCCAUUAGGGAAGAUCUGUGUGAAAUUUGAAUUUAGAUUUAGGUGCUAUUCAUAG